UGGACUGUGGGAGGAAACUGGAGAACCUGGAUCUGAACUUUUAUUUCAAAGUACAAAUGUUACAGACCCUUUUAUUAACAUGAAUUCUAACAACUCCGUGUUUGGUGAGGAUUCAGCGGCGCAGCGGCACAGUAAGUUUAUUAUCGUGCAGGUGCUGGUGGUGAUUUUCCUCUCCGUGAACUUGUUGCUGAUCGCGACCUUCUUUAAAAACCAGUGUUUCUACACGAGCGCUCGCUACAUCCUCUUUGCUGUGACGUUACUGUCGGACAGUUUCCUGUUCUUAUUGACUGACCUCCUCCUCGUCCUCAACAUUUUUCAAAUCGCCGUACAGGUUUCGUUGUGCAGCGUCAUCUGCAUCGGUGUGCUCUUGUACAUCAUCGUCACACCGGUGACUCUCACAGUGAUGACGCUGGAGCGCUACGUGGCCAUUUGUAUGCCCCUGCGUCACGCGGAGCUGUGCUCCACGCGCAGCACUGUGCACGUCAUCCUCAUCAUUCACGGCCUCAGCUCUGUGCCCUAUGCUGUCGUCCUUUUCACCUUCUUUGCUUCGGCGUCUCUUGACUUUUACCAUCAGUACAGGAUGUGCUAUGUGGAGAUUUUAAUUGUGUAUAAAUGGCAGGAUCACGUCAAGUCAGCUGUGUUUCAGUUCUACUUUCUCAUCAUGUGUCUCAUCAUCAUGCUGUGCUACGUUAAAAUAAUGAAAGUGGCCAGAACUGCGUCAGGAGAUGAUAAAAUAGCAUCGAGGAAAAGACUCAGGACGGUGACUCUUCAUGGUUUCCAGCUGCUGCUCUGUCUCAUCCAGUUUUGGUAUCCUUUAAUAACGUCCAGUCUGAUUUAUACUAACUACGCGACCUUUCAACAUGUACGUUUUUUCAGCUACAUCGUGUUUAAUCUUGCACCGCGGUGUCUUAGUCCUCUCAUUUAUGGCCUCAGGGAUGACAUGUUUUUCACUGCAAUGAAAAAAAGCCUCUCCCGUGUCUCGUGUGUGAGAAAUAAGUGAAAGAAAGAUGAAUAAAAACGGACAAAAAAACUCCAACAUUUCAUGUCUUAAAUAAAAAAAUGUAUAUGUAUGUGUUGUUGGUUUAACCCCUGAACCCAUGACUGCUUCCCCUUUGUCUUGAAUGUUGAAUAUUAAUGAUGGAUAAUGAAGAAAAAGAGAGUACGUGGUUAUAGCCAGGCUUGUAAACUCGGUCCACUCAUAGGUUUCCAUGCAAUAGCUAUGAUGUGUUUUGCUUGUAAUAAGCAGAAGAUUAUCAGCAAUAAUUCCCCAAACUACAACAUUUAGGACAUAAUUUUACUCUCACACCUGUGCUGUAAGAAAACCUCUGUCCAGAAAGUCUGGACCAAAAAUGCUCAUUUUCAUAAUUAAAACAAAACUCAAACCUGAGGAUUAAUGAAGUACAGUAUCACGAUAUAAAACAGUAUUUUCCCCCCAAAAAAUAACCUAUACACUAAAUGUUAAAUUCACAAAACAUAUAAAAAAAAAGAAGAAAUUGACAUUAUUUAUUAAGUUUCU